CCGAGGGACGCGACCAAACUUUCGCCAAGGAAACGGCGGGGAAACAGUCGCUGCUCCUGUGGGAUCUUUGGCUGCGGCGACGGCGCUGAGGUGAUCCCGGCACCGGCAGCACCCACUGCACCCCGGCAGCCACGGCGAGCCUGCCUCCACAAUGCCCGUCCAAUUCAAGGGUUUAAGUGAAUACAAGCGUAACUUCAGGUGGAACGAUUCAAAGAGAUCACGCUCUAGUAGUCCUGAUUCUAAACAGAAAAUAGCAUGGGCAGGUGUCCCUUCGGAACUGCUUGGAAAUACUAGGGAACCAAAUUUUAUCUCAAAGAAACGAGUGCCAUAUUACAGACCUCAAGUUUCACAAUCUUUUCAAUGGGACGGGAAUAGUGAAACAAGCAAUACAUUUAAUAAACCAAUACCAAAUUUCCGUGAACAAGUGAAGUUGCAAUCUUCUGAAGUCAAUGAAAGAGUAAUUGAGAAGAGUCAAGUGAGCCAUAAAGAAUGCAAAACACCUGAUGGUCCUCGGAAGCCUAAAGUGCCCAGAUCGUGGUCUGCAGACUGUCAUUUGCACUCAGUGCUAGAACCAACAGCGGCCACAAACAAGCAAUUGGCUACAGAUGCUCAGAAAACAAAGGACAACAAUAUAUCAUGUAGGAAGAAUGUUGUGGAUAAGGCAGUUGGUGCUGAUGUUAGCUAUGCACUCCAGAGGAAAGCAGGAUUGAAGACUGCACCACAGAAGAGUUUAGGGAGAAGCUCUGAGUAUCAACGGCAAUUUGAUUGGAAAAGUCAAAUAAAUAAUUCACCGUUACUGACUGCAGAGCAGAUUAUUCAUACCAAAUCUCAGGCACUUCAAAAGGGUAAGAAGAUCUGUGAAACAGAAUAUUCAAGUCAGUUUAGAGGUACGCAACCACCUAAAGGACCACGCUUGCGUAAAGAUUUUGAAGAGAAAGCUUUAGUGUGUGAAAUGGGAAGCCUUUCUCCUCUGAAGGUAAUUGUAUAUUGCCUGCUUGAUUUUUUAAAUGAUGUGGAGCUCCAGGGCAAACAUCUUCUGAAUGAACAGAAUCCACAAACAACUGUUCACUCAAACAAAAGACUUAGAAACUUAAAAUCUGAAUAUAAGACUAAUUUUCGAUCUCCUGCUCAGUACAAAUAUGAAGAAGCAGAAUGUAGAUCUGAAGGGGGAACUGAAAUCAACCUAAUUUCCCCUUGGUAUGUGGAGGUGAAGGAACUUCGAGAGAAAGCUGAAGCAUAUAAGAGGAGAGCGCGCGGUACUCACUUCUCCCGGGAUCACCUCACCCAAAUUCUAUCUGAACAAAAUAAGCUGUGGGAUGUGUCCUCAACAUCUGAUAGUGAAGAAGAAGUCAGUGAAAGUGUUAAAGCUCUGGACCUCGCAAGGGCCAGAAGUACGCACAUAUCCAGCAUGCAAAAAAAAAGAAGCGUAUCCACAAGACAAAACGCUAUGUCAUCACCAAAGGCCAGGACAAAAUACAGUGGUAUUCCAGAUGUACCUACCCUUCCAGUCAGCAGGAAAUUGGCAUGGAAUGAUGAGGAAGAGAAACCACAUGAAGCAGGAGGUGACCAAGUCCAAAUUUGUGAAACUAAGAACGUGGUUGAAGAGAAUGCAGACGUGGAAGCAGUUAUGGAAAGAGAAGUAGCCCCUAUAAAUGCAGAGGAUGUGGUAACAGGAAAGUCAGACUCCAAUGGGCAGUCUGAGUUUGGAUCAGAUGCAGGUGGGCGGCUGCCGACUCCAAAGCUGAAGACAAUUGACAGAGCACUACGAACUCAUCAUGAUCUGACCACACCAGCCAUUGGGGGUGCUGUCUUGGUUGCUCCUCGUCAAGUCAGAUCACCAUCACCACUUCGUAGAAGAAGUCAGCCUCCAUUGGGAAAAGCAUAUUCGCCAUACAAGUAUUUAUCAGAAUCACCAGGCAGAAUAUCGAAAAAGACUGAACUGCUGCGACAUUCUCCAGCAGCUGGUGUUAAGACAUGUGAUCCUAUUCCUUUGAGGGAAGAAUACAUGUCUGGAGAUUACAGUAGCCCAUCCCAUGUAAAGUAUGUGCCUUCCGUUCAAGCAUUACUGAAGUCUCUUCCUGACUCUGAUCAGAAUUCUUCAGUUACUGCUUCACCAUCUCGGAGCUUCCCACAUCGAAUACAAGGAACACUUAGACAUCCGGAGUUUCAGCAUAAUGGUAAUACUGGAGGACCCAGGACCGGACUGCUGAGGCUUCAGUUAACAGAUGCAGCUGGAGCAGACAAUGAAGAUGAUCGAAUGUCACAAAUAUCUGCACGAUCAGCAGCAUCCAGUUCACUGGCCUCUCAAGUUCUCGAACGUGCUCAGAAAAGGAGAGAUAACUUCUGGGGCAAGAACCUAUGAACUUUCAGAUAGUGAUUCUUAUCAAGAAAGAUGUGUGGCGUUUGGUAAGGUGUGAGAUUUUUUCUAAUCAGACAACUAAAUCCUGUUCAGAUUUGAAUUCGCAUUUUUGCUUUGGAUGUGAUAAAGGUUACACUUUUCCCUUCUAUUUGUUAUUUAAAAACGUUUGGUUUAUUGUGUUUCGUGUGUUUAGAUGCUGAGAACAUUUCAGGUUUUGGUGUUUGCUAAAAUUUUACAAUAAAAAAGAUUCACAAAAUACAACCUAAUUUCAGCACCACAGAAUAAAGUUAAAACAUUACUAACUUUUAAUGUCUGUAUAAAAUGGAAUUCCACAGGAUAAUUUUAAUAAAUUAUUUUUUUAAUAAAAA